AUGCGUGUCUGCGCAGUCGUCUCUUUGACGGAGGGCAACGGAGAGACUGCGGGGAGCGGGACGUGGAGUUUCUCUCCGAGCGUUGCGGUGGCCGAGGGCUGCGUCGCCGCGACGCUCCUCGCGUGGAAAAAGAAACUCCUCAUGAUCGCCGUGACUGAACUUCGGCGCUACCGGCUGUACGAGUCGGCUGACGCGGGGGCGACGUGGACGGAGACGACGGGGCCGCACGCGCACCUGUUGGGCGACUUCCUCAACGGCGUCGAGCCCGGCGAGGGAGACGACUUCAUCACCGCGACCAUCGGCGAGGCGGAGGUGGUGCUGUUUGCCCGGCGGUGGCACAGCUACGGCAACGCGACAGGCGCCAUUGGAAGUGUGCUCCAGCUUUGGAUGGCCGACGGCAGUCGCCUGCAUCCGGUGGGCCAGAUCUCGACGGAGCCGCCGCAGAGCCACGACUUCAGUGCUCUGCUGUACACGGAGGAUAAUGGCUUGUUUGCCAUGUACGAGAGACGAGACAAUACGUCGCGCAGCCUUCUCCUUGCGCCUCUCACCGAGCAGCUGCAGCGGGUCAAGGCGGUGUUGAAUGCGUGGAAGGAGACGGACACAAAAAGUCGCGGCACUGUGCGGCGCCACCACGGCGGCGGCAGGGGAGAAGGGUGUUGCUGC